AAAAUAAAAAUAAAAAGUUCUGGAGUUAUUUUAGAGAAAAAAAAAAAGGAUCAGGUCAUAUUUCUCUUCCUCGAGACCAUUUGAUCGGACAAAUCGUCGCCUCGCCUCUAUCAUCGGUCGGACCUCUGCUCUGCUCACCCCAUCUUCGUAUCAGUAGGGAAGAAUAGAAGCUAUGAAAUUAUGCUCCAGGAAGUGAACCAGAAACUCUGGUUAGGUUUUCAGACCGAAGAUAUAUGAACUAGCAAUUGACCAGAAUUAAAAUCAUAGGUGUAAGUAAGGUUGAAGAUAGAUAGAUAGAUAAAGAUGCCACAUAAAACUCGUCCUAUGGCAGCACUUUUACUAUUUACUGGACUGAAUGUUGUUUUGGUGUCAACAAUCACUCCUGUCUAUGAUUUUGUCUGCUUUCUCCCUUAUUGGGAACGAAGGAGAGAACGUAGGCGUCAGGAGCGUGAAGCUACUCUAGCAAACAGUUCAACAUCAGGAUGAACUUCCAUGGAGGGUUAAACUUAUAUAGAAAAUAAGAAAAUCAUUCUUAUUGUUAGAGGGUAUUUGUUUUGUUUAUUCACCUUUGAAUUGAUAAAAUUUGAUUCACACAUUUAUGAUCCGAGGUUGUAGGAUAUAUCACAUGCCAUUUCACCUAUCGUUAACAAAAAAAAAAAUAAACAUGAAGUGUUGAGAUGAGAAAA